UAGACUGACGUCGUUCUUCUCGACGUGAUGUCAUACAGGUACAGCCUGCCUUGAACACAACCUACUUGUUCAUCUGAAGUGAGUGGAUUACAGCAACAAGAUGAGUUCUAGUAAAAAUAAAAAUAAAACUGAAAAUAAGACCGAAAAGGUUAUAGCUGCGGAGAAAGAACAGUUUCGCAAAGAACAGCUCCACAGCAUCAGCAAAACCAUCACCUCCAGCGAAUCCCCGCCCAAGGAGAAAUAUGUACGCAACAUCAUCAUGGGGACCCACAAGGAGGCCGGGGCCUCGACCUUCUGGUCCUACAUGCUCAACGUUCCCCUCUCCAGCAACGCCAUCGUCAGCUGGAAGUUCUGCUUCAUGGUCCACAAGCUCCUUCGCGACGGACACCCCAACUCAGUGAGGGAUUCCCACAGAUACAGCCGGAAUGUGAAAGAUAUGGGUGUUCUCUGGGGAAACCUACAUGAUCGAUAUGGACACAUUGUGGCCUUGUCUGCUAAAUUCCUGUGUAAUAAAAUGGAUUUCCAUGCAAAGCACAAAACAAUCCCAGGUAACCUGGAAGCCAGUGAUGACACAGUGGAGAGAGAGGCAGGAAAUGACGUCAACAAAGUGUUCGACAUGACCCAGGAACUGCUUGAUUACUUGGAUUCCGGCCUCAAGAUGUCCGAAACAGUAUGGCGCCAGCUGGAUGCUAACGGGGCCAAGUCCACCACUCCCGCUGGGCAGUGCCGUCUGGCGCCCCUCAUCCCUCUCAUACUGGACUGCAGCUUCCUCUACCACUUCACCGUCAAACUGAUGUUCAAACUGCACAGCCGAGUGAGUCCAGACUCGUUACUGGGACACCGAGAGCGUUUCCGGGAUCUAUUCAACAGCCUCACCAGGUUCUUCGACCGAGCCAGAGAAAUGGAGUUCUUCAAAAAAGUCAUCCAGAUUCCUGAUCUUCCAGACGCUCCUCCCAACUUCCUCCGCGCCUCUGCGCUGGCCGAAUAUGUCAAGGCUGUGGUGGUCGUGCCCAAUCAGGAGCCACCUGAGGAUGAGGAGGCGGAGCCACUGCCAGACUACAGGGAAGUGCCACAGACUCAGUACUACCUUCUCAGUCAGAUGGGAGCUCCAGACUCGGAGACUGAACCAAGGGAGACAGAGGUGGAAUCUAUGAGGAAGGAACUACAAGCCAUCAAACCAGAGCUGCAGCUCAUCAAAACAGAGGCCCACAGGUGUGUGAGCCACCUGAAGUCCCAGGUGAACUCCCUGGAGGCGGAGCUUGAGGAGCAGAGGACCCACAAGCAGAUGGCUCUGGUGGACAACGAGCACCUGCGCAUGGAGGUGCAGGCCCUCCGCAGCACCAACGCCACCAACGCCGGGGCGCAGGUCGGGUACAAGGAGGCGGACGGCAGGGCCCAGGCAGCAGAGAUCCGCUUCUGUCAGCUGAAAGAGAGACACGCUGAGCUGGUCACCGGCCACGCAGAGCUGCUGAAGAAGAAUGCAGACACAGUGAGACUACUGGCCAACACCCACCAGAGCCAGGAUGACCUGAUCAGGGCCAAAGACCAGCUGAGCAGCCAGGUGGAACACCUCCUUCAGGAGAACAGAAUGAGGGCAGAGCAGCAGCAGCAUGAGACAGACAGGCUAAACAGGGAGCUGAUGGAUCAGAGGGCGGAGCUGGCUCGCAUGCACGCCGCCCUGGAGGGUAAAGAGAUGGCUGGCUCCCAGAUGAGUGGUGCCCUAGCUGGGCUGCAGGGGGAGAGGGAGGCCCUGCUGCGCUCUGUGAGGGAGCAGGAAGCAGAGCUGUCCUCUCUCAGGCAGCAGAGCCUGCUGCAGCAGAGCUCCCUGGAGCAGGAGAGAGACAGGAGCAGACGGGAGCUGGAAGCUCUCAGGGCCCAGCUACAGCAGCAGCUUGCCAUCAACGCAGAGCAGAGGUUAGAGAUCGAGAGACUGAAGCGAGAGCUGGACCAGAGACGGCUGGAGGUGUCACACGCUAACAGCGCCCUCCAGAACAAGGACAUGGCGGGCUCCCAGAUGAGUGGUGCCCUAGCUGGGCUGCAGGGGGAGAGGGAGGCCCUGCUGCGCUCUGUGAGGGAGCAGGAAGCAGAGCUGUCCUCUCUCAGGCAGCAGAGCCUGCUGCAGCAGAGCUCCCUGGAGCAGGAGAGAGACAGGAGCAGACGGGAGCUGGGCGCCAUGCAUGCACAGCUGCAGCAACAGGCGUGCCGGGAGGGGGAGCUGACCCAGAAGCUGCAGGGGGAGCAGUUCUGUCUGCUCCAGUGUGCCGUGGUGGAGGCCGAGGGCAUCAUCCUGGACGCUGUGGCCAAACUGGACGACCCCGUCCACGUCCGCUGCAUCAGCUCUCCUGGUAAACCCUCUCACUCACUAACUCACCCAGUCACUCACUCAUUCACUCACUCAUUCACUCAGCUCUCAUUACCAUAG